AUGGAGAUCUACCAGGACAAAGCAUUAAAAAAAUCGAUUAUGGGAGAUUAUAUCAAAAAAAGCAAUUACAAAUCAGAAUCCUCUUUAACAUUCUCAAGCCAGGUUUCAUUUGACAACAAUUUGUUUACUAACCUGGCACAUGUAGAGAGUUGCACCAAGUCAAAUUCUGACAUUAUAGGCCAGCUAGAGCAAACGCUUGACACUAUGAAGUUGAAAUUAUGCGCUACUGAUGCCCCAUCAUAUGUAACUUUAAUUGAAGGCUCUUCAAAAAUUCUCGAUGAAUAUAAAACAGAUUUGAAAAGUUUAAGCAUUGAAGUAAUUAAAAAUGAAGUUAUUCAAUCUUCAACAUUUCUUUCCGAUAUGAUUGAAAAGAUACCUAAUAACGGAAAAUUUGAUGAAAUAAUGCAGGAUUUCGAAAACACUCUGGAAAGAGUUGAAAAAAUAUAUGGAACAUUAAUAGAAUUUUCACGGAGAAUAACUUACGUUUAA